AUGGGCAAAGGAAAAGGUCUCUCUCGCCGGCCUACUGCCUUGCCUCCGUCUUUGCAACUUCCAGACAGUUCUACUCAAACUGACAAUGCUCCUGCUGCUGAGGAACCCGAUUCUCCGCUCCCUGAUGCUCUGUUGGAAUUAGACGAUACCACCAGCGUUCUCGACGACGGACGCGUCUCGCUCAACCUCGACUCGAAGCUUGCCCAAGUUUUUGCGAAACUUAUUGAAGCAUCCGAGGAUGAAGACGAUGCCUUUGAACCUCCACCAGCGUAUUCAACCAUCUCGGACCUAGACUCGUGGAACUUACCUCUGAAUAUUGUGAUCCAGAUUGUCGGUAGUCGUGGGGAUGUUCAGCCGUUUGUUGCCCUCGGGCAAGAGCUGCAGCGCCAUGGGCAUAGAGUGCGUCUGGCAACUCACAGCGUGUUCAAGCAGUUUGUUGAGGGUGCUGGAUUGGAGUUCUACUCUGUGGGAGGCGAUCCAGCUGAAUUGAUGGCGUACAUGGUCAAGAAUCCCGGAUUGCUUCCUCGCAUGAAGGCACUGCGAGAAGGAGAUGUGAGUAAGAACAGGCAGAUGAUUCGAGAGAUCCUUGAAGGCUGCUGGGCUUCAUGCAUUUUACCCUCAGACAGUGGCGAUCCGUUCGUUGCUAAUGCCAUAAUCGCCAAUCCUCCUUCCUUUGCCCACAUUCAUUGUGCCCAAGCACUCGGGAUUCCGCUCCACAUUAUGUUCACCAUGCCAUGGAGCCCGACUCGGGCAUUCCCUCAUCCUCUAGCGAAUAUCAGAAACAGCAGCACUGAUCCGAAGUUGGCAAACUACAUCUCAUAUGGAAUGGUCCAAUUGUUGACCUGGAACGGAAUCGGCGACAUCGUACAGAGUUGGAGGAAAUCAAUAGAUCUGGAACCCAUACCAAUGUCUGAAGCUCCUUUCCUCAUGGAAACUCUCCAAAUUCCUCACACCUACUGCUGGUCGCCGGCAUUAGUCCCCAAGCCCAAAGACUGGGGCAAGCAUAUCGACGUCUGCGGUUUCCUACUUCGAGAUUCCGCUCCGUACACUGUACCAGUUGACCUCGAGGAGUUCCUGAAGUCGGGUCCGACCCCGAUCUAUAUUGGCUUUGGCAGCAUUGUGAUUGAGAACCCUGAAAAAUUCCUUCAAAUAUUGCUUGCUGCAGUUGAGGAAUGUGGUGUCCGUGCCAUCAUUUCGAAAGGGUGGAGCAACCUGGAAAGCAAAGAUGUUGAUGAAAAUGUCUUCUUCCUUGGGGAGUGUCCUCAUGAGUGGUUGUUUCAACAAGUCUCUGUGGUGGUACACCACGGCGGUGCUGGGACUACGGCCUCCGGUCUGGUGAAUGGCCGCCCAACUGUCGUUGUGCCAUUCUUCGGAGAUCAGCCGUUCUGGGGUAGCGUGGUUGCAGCUUCACGAGCCGGACCGCCUCCGAUUUCACACAAGAAACUAAAUAGCAAGAAUCUGAGCAAUUCCAUUCGGUUUUGCUUACGCGAAGAGACUCAACAAGCUGCAAAAGGUGUAGCUGAAAAGAUGUUUGAUGAGCUGGGAGUCAAAGCAGCAGUUCAUUCAUUUCAUCGCCAUUUGCCAGUCAAUGAUAUGGGUUGUGAUCUAAUCAAGGGACUACCGGCCACAUGGGUGUACAGGAGAUCGAAGAAUUAUCUCAAGAUAUCUGGAGCUGCCGCUGAAAUCUUGAUCCAAGCUCAGAGGAUCAGGGCCGACGAUCUUCGAUUGUACAAACCGAAACCAUUCACUAUUGAGAACCGCCGGUGGGACUUCCUUACUAGCUCACUCGCUGUUUCGAUGGAGGUCUCAUAUGAUCUUCUAGCCGCUCUCAGCGGGUUUUGGAGAAACCCGAGAGCAAUCCGCAAGCAGAAGGAGAAAGAGCGUGCACUGAGCCGUGCCUCAUCCCAUCAAACCGAGAUUGCGGCGGAAAAUGACCCAGGGGAAGGUUCCAGCAAACAAUUCGCCAAGAUGGCAGGGGCCUCUGCCAUGAGUAUCUCUCACAUCACAGGAAUAGUGAUAAAAGGCUCCUUGGUCGAUAUCCCAGUCGCUGUUGCUGAAGGCUUGCGGAAUACGCCGAAGCUCUACGGCCAGGAAGUGCCAGAUCAUGCCGCCGUGACUGACUGGAAAAGUGGCAUCACAGUUGCCGGGACCACUUUCGUUCAUCAGAUGGCCCAGGGAUUGACAGAUCUUGUGGUGCAGCCAGCAAAAGGUUUGGCUAGAGAAGGGGUUAUUGGCUUUGGCAAAGGAAUCGGUAAAGGGGCACUCCAAACUGCGACAAAACCCACAGCAGCAUGCAUGGGCCUGAUCGGCUACACUGGUCAGGGGAUCUACAAGUCAAUUUAUUCUGCGGUGCAUUCGAAGACCAAGAAGUCGGUGGCCUCCGCCCAGCGAGUGCAGGAUAAGUAUUUCAUCCGUGCGAUCGGUACGGACAUAAGCAAGGGCCAAGUCGUGGACGAAUUUGACCGGCUUUGUCGACGGCGGCUUAAACCUGAGUUCGGCAGAUCGAGUGGUGGCCUCACUCCAACGAGUGUUUCUAGGACAGCAAGUUUUGCUUCGACUCAUUCACAGCCUCCUUCACCUGCACUGCCCAUUCUGACCGACAAUCAGACGACCUCUCCUGCAUAUACCGCUCCCGCCUGUGACUCUGCACCAUCUCGGGAAAGUCGCUGA